GGGGAGAGGGGCGGGCGGGCGGAUGCAGAUGGCGGCGGGGCUGCGCCAUGUUGCGGUGGCUGGUGGCGGUGCUCAGUCACUCCUGUUUUGUCUCCAAGGGCGGCGGCAUGUUCUACGCGGUGCGCAAGGGCCGGCGGGCGGGUGUCUACCGCACCUGGGCGGAGUGUCAGGAGCAAGUGAAUAAGUUCCCCUCCGCCAGCUUCAAGAAGUUCGCCACCGAGAAGGACGCCUGGGCCUUCGUGCGGCAGCAGCAGCCCGGAGCGGCAGAAGUGGCACACGGUCCUCCAGCUGUAACACAGGAAAACAGAAGCCAGGGAGAGGAACCAGAAAUAAAUGUCUUGUGUUGCAAUACGUGCAAAAGGCCCUACGAACAGUCUACAAACGAAGAACACGUUGCAAAGCGUGUGAAACAUGAAGAAGUGUACUCAGCGCCAACAGUCAGUGAAGAUAAAUUUUCAUAUAUGGGUGACUUUGCAGUCGUUUAUACAGAUGGUUGUUGCUCAGGUAACGGACGUAACAGGGCACGUGCUGGAAUAGGUGUCUACUGGGGACCAGGCCACCCUUUAAAUACCAGUGAAAGACUUCCUGGACGGCAGACAAAUCAAAGAGCUGAAAUACAUGCAGCCUGCAAAGCAAUAGAGCAAGCAAAAAGUCAAAACAUCAAGAAACUAAUUAUCUACACUGACAGCAAGUUCACUAUUAACGGUAUUACGAGUUGGGUUGACAACUGGAAAACAAAUGGCUGGAGAACAAGUUCAGGAGCAAGUGUAAUAAAUAAAGAAGAUUUUGAAAGACUUGAUAAUCUAUCAAAAGGCAUAGAAAUUCAGUGGAUGCAUAUUCCGGGCCAUGCUGGCUUCCAAGGAAAUGAAGAAGCUGAUAGACUAGCAAGAGAAGGAGCUAGUAAACAAAUGUCCUGAUGUACUGGGACCAGAGACUGUUGCAGUGGGAGGAAAAGGACUAACAUCAGAGUGACAACUUGAACUGCUGUAAUUGUUUUGGAUUUGAACUUUGAACUGUACUUCUUUCUGGCCUGAAGCGUUAAACAUAUACCAACUUCUGGGGAGAGAAAAAACCAACCAAGUUCUCUUCUAUAGUGGUGGUUUUUUUUUUUAUUUUAUUUUUACAAUCGAGUCAGUAUUUAGUUGAUGAUGCAGAAUGUUUGCUUUUCUCCAUCUUACUGAAGGGCCAUGGUCAGUGUUUUUAGCUGUCAUGUAGACUUCUGAAUUCACCGUAAAGACAGACUUCUGAAGAAGUAAUAUUAAAUCUUUAUCCUAA